AUGUUGAUUAAGAGGUUUACUAAUUGCGUAUGUCUCAACAUCAACACCGGAGAGACGAAGAUCAUGAAAGUUAACAACAAAACAGAAAGAGAAGUGAAUAUUGGGAACAACGUAGUAGAGGAAGUCUCAGAGUUUGUUUACCUCGGCAGUAAGAUCACAGCCGAUGGGGAUUCAACAUCUGAUGUAGAGAGCAGAAUAGCCAAAGCAAGAGCAGCCUUCGCAAGCCUGAGGAACAUCUGGAAGUCAACAGCCAUCAGCAUCAAGACCAAAAUCAGGAUAUUCAAGAGUAACAUCAUUGGAGUCCUCCUAUAUGGUGCCGAGUCGUGGAAGGUGACCAAAGGUUUUGUCCACAGACUGGAUGUCUUCCAGACCAAAUGCCUACGGCGGAUUCUGAAGGUCUUCUGGCCCAACACCAUCAGCAACAAAGAUUUAUAUCAGAGAACGUCAACAUCACCAAUAUCUGAGAUGAUCAAGAUGAGACGAUGGAAAUGGAUCGGACAUGUCCACAGGAUGGGAGCAACAUCAAUCCCAAAGAUCGCCAUGAGAUGGACACCAGCAGGAAAGAGAAAUAGAGGGAGACCAAAAGAAACAUGGCGGCGAUCAGUAGAGAAAGAGAUGAAGGAGUGUGGAUGGACUUGGGGCCGGAUUCAGAACAUGGCAGCAGACAGACAGAGAUGGCGAUCCUCAGUGAAGGCCUUAUGUGCUUCCUAG